AUGACGUUUCUGAAAGUGGUGAUUCUCGGAGCGCCCGGCUGCGGCAAGACGGCGCUCGUCAAACAGUUCGUCACUCACUCAUUCCCGGAAACUCACGUUGCCACCGAGAAGCCCGAAUACUAUUAUCCGUCAAUUUUUGCUGACAACUCGUUGUUCGAACUGCGCAUCACCGACCUUCCGCCGAUCGUUGCCUUCCCAAAGUCUACUAUCGAAGAAUGGACCCUGUACCAGGGCUACGGUCUGCGUUCGGCCAACGCCUUCCUGCUGAUUUUGGACAUCACGUCGGCCGAGUCGUUCAAGUUCGCCAAAUCCAUCAAGGAGCAGUGGCAGACGUCCGGUCUGGACACGCCGUUCGUCAUGGUCAGCAACAAGUGGGACCUGGUUCACAGAGGAACGUCCAGCGACGGCAAGUCCGACAUGUCCACCGAACACUACAAGAAAGAGCUGGCUAACGCCAUUAAGAAGCAGUGGAAAUGUCCGUACGUCGAAUGCUCCGCCAAAUACAACUGGAACGUCACCACUGUUUUCAAGGAGGUGGUAACCCAACUGGAAAAACUACCCAGCCCCAACCGCUACAGCUUCAAGUCGUUCAACGGCCAGAGCAAGAGCUCCCGGAAACGAACUUGCCCGUUUUUGUGA